GGACGCCUGCCUGCCGCCCUGUCCCGCGGCCCGCCUUGUUGUUCCAGCCCAGGUGACCUCAACGUCAGCCUCAGCCAAACUUGGAACCAGCCAGGGCGGCUCUUCCACCGAGUCUAACCCACGCCAUCAAACCGUAUUCCACCUCAUCUCUCUUUCUCCUUCCUUUUCCCUUUCCUCUGUACUGGGCUUAGCACGCACUGCCAUGUUAUAGCGAGGGCGCGCAAGUGCAUCCAUCGUUCGUGGAAACCUGGAAGCUGCCUGCGCUCCAGGGCUACCUCGGUCCCCGUUCAUCAUUCGUCAUCAUCACCCGACGUCGACCGUCUGAUAGCUUCCCAUCAUGUCCAAUUCCGAAAGGUCGCCGCUGCUCGCCGCUGCCGGCAAGUCCAAGGCGCCGACGCCCCCGUCCGACGAGUCCCUCGAGUCAACCCCACUGCUCUCGGGGUCGGAUACGACGCCGCGCUACGACGGGGAGCAGGAUGACAUUGCUGACGCCGACGCCAAUGCCGAUGUCGCCUCCAUCACCUCCCGCGCUUCUCACGCCUCGUCUACCAAAUCAACCAAGGCGAAAUCAAUAAGAUGGCCGUCCGUCAUUGCUGUCAUUGUUCUGUCGCUCAUUACGCUUUCCAUCAUUGUCGUUGCCUUCUUCGCCCCGGCUGCCGUCGAGGAAUACGCCAAGCAAGCAGCUGUUAUUGAGCCAACGAACCUCUCCCUCGAGUCCAUCACGGCCGAUGGCGUCCGCGCCCGCAUCCAGCUCAAGUUCCGACUAGACAGCCAGCGCGUACGGAACGAGCAUGUGAGGCGCGUGGGAGUAGCUACGGGGUGGCUAGUGCGGAAUCUGGGGAGUCAAGAAACCAAGAUCAAUGUGUAUCUCCCCGAGCACGAAGACGUCUUGCUUGGCAGCGCCUCUGUGCCCCCCUUGGUGGGCAGCAUAGUCGAGGGUCAGACCACGGAAGUCGACUUUGUCGCCGAGCUCAUCCCAGGCAAUGCUGAGAGUGUUCGGAUCAUUGCCAAUCUAUGGCUGGGCGGCAAGCUGGAUGCGCUUCAGCUGCUGGGGAAGGCCGACGUCCAACUGAAGGCCGGCAUCAUUCCGCUCGGGACGCACUCCAUCGCCGAGGUUUUCACCUUUGAAGCCAAGGAAUUGCCCCAAGUGCCCGAGUACAACAUAACAAAACUCAACUUCGAAGAGGAACCCGUCCCGGGACACGACGACAAAGCCAUUGCGGCCGAAGUCUCCAUUCAGGCAUUCAACAAGUAUCCGCUAUCUGUCAAUGUGCCAGAGCUCGGGUUUGAAGUGCUCAUACCUGGUUGCGAUGCGAAUGACCCCUUCAUCCUCGUCGCAUCCGCCGUGACCAGCACUGUAGCUGUACGGCCGCAGUCAGACGUGGUCGUCGAUGCUCAUGGCUUGGUCAAGGAGAUCCCAAAGCUUCUGACCCGACUCUGUCCUAAUUCGGAUUCCUCACCGCUCGACAACUUCUUCAAGAAGUAUCUCGGCGGUGAACCGGCAACCGUAUUUGUGCGGGGCCAGGAACAACCAAGCACAGAUACGCCCGAGUGGCUUACAGACAUCCUGUCUAGCAUCACAGUUCCUGUGCCAUUUCCGGGAAAGUCUUUCGGUAAUCUGAUUCGCAACUUUUCCUUGAGCGAUGUGGACUUUACGCUGCCGGAUCCCUUUGCCGAGCCGGGUGACCCGGAUGCGGAUUUGAAGGUGUCAGGGACGAUCCAGGUCUUCGCUGCGCUCCCUUCCGAGAUGAACUUCACCCUGAACGUAUCUCAUGUUCGGGCUGACGCCGACGUCUUUUACCGUACCAAAAAGCUGGGCGAGCUCAAUUUGGAGCAGUGGCAAAAGGCAAACUCGACCCAAUACCCAGCGGCAAAAGACCGCGAGGCAAUGCUUCACAUUCAGUCUUUUAUCAAAGACGCGCCAUUGAACGUGACAGACGGAAACGUGCUGACCGAUGUCAUGCAAGCACUCCUCUUUGGAGGCGAGGAGGUCAUUUUGGGCAUCUCGGCACUGGUUGAGGUCAGGGUCCAGACGAUUCUCGGUCAGCUGGAGUUGAAAGGGGUUCCUGCGGAGGGCAAAAUCCCAGUAAAACCCUUUCCGAAAGAUCUGAUCGGCUCCGUUGUGCCCAAAGUCGGGAACAUCGAUAUUAUCAGCACCACGGCGGACUCCAUCACUCUUGAAGCAACACUCAACGUCACCAAUCCGUCGCCGUACUCAGCUCACAUUCCUUGGCUCAGUAUACACGUUCUCAGCAACGGCACUACGGUGGGCGAGGCCAUAGCAAAGAACCUCGACGUCAAGACCGGCAACAACACGAACCUCGUAGUAUCUGCAAUAUGGAACCCUUCCAUGGGCGGGAAGCAUGGCGUGAAGCAGGGACGCGACCUUCUGUCGCAGUACAUAUCUGGCUUCAACACGACCGUCACGCUGCGGACACACAGAGGCAGCAUGCCUUCUCAGCCGCUACUUGGCGAGGCGCUGUCACGGCUGAAUGUGACAGUGGCGGCGCCGCGUAUCAAGCUACCGCGGGGCGGCGGCGGCGGCGAUGACGGGGACGGAGACGGAGACAACGACGAUGGCGACGACGACGAUGACGACGACGAGCAGGCACACUUCAUCCGCGACGCCACAUUUCACGUCUUUUCCUCGACGGCCACCUUCACACUCGUUUCCCCCCUCCAGCACAACACCUUGUACAUUGACCGCGUCAACGCCACGGCCCUGUACAACCACACCGAGCCCAUCGGCCGCAUCGAAUACGACCUGCCCUUCGCCGCGCCCCCCGGCUCCUCGCUAACUCCGAAACUCCCCGUCGAGUGGUCCCUCGACUCUGUCGGCUACGAGCGCCUCCGCCAGGCUCUCGGCGGCAAGCUCAAGCUCGACGCCCGUGCCAUGGUCGACGUGCGCCUCGGCGAAUGGACCGAAGAGCUUUGGUAUAUCGGCAAGGGCAUUGGUGCAAGUGUGAGGAUAUGACACGAAUAGUGGGGUAACAUAUUUGGCUUGGAUACGUUUUCUUUUUCUUUUUCAUUCAAACUUUUGAAGGGGUGGCACGGCUCUCUGUAAAGGAUGGAGUCUUGUGAGUCAGGUAGAGCGCGAUUCGCGCCUGGCGUUUGGGGAGGUUAGGCCGAGGGUUUUUGUUUACGAAUGAUGUCUAUUCGAUAUUAUAUCACAUAUUGUUUGAUUGGGUUGGGACUUAAAUAUUACCCGAUUUGGAUACGGGUACACUUGAACAUAGCGAUCAGACAAUAGAUCCUAGUCUGCAAUAUCAUACAUAUGCAGACAAGCGCACGCUAACGUAGUCUAUACCUCACCAUCCUUGUUCUAACAACGUAGGGAAG